AUGGCUGGCCUAAAGUAUGAACUCGACCAAUGGAACGAAGGUGUUAUUGCCUUUGACCAGGGACUCUACGAGGACGCCCUCGAAAUCUUUGAGCCCAUUGCAGACUCCGCCAAGAUCCAUUUCAACAUUGGAGUCGUCUUGACGACUUUGGGCGACUUUGAAGGAGCGAGCGCAGCUUUUACUAGGGCAACCAGCCUGGAUCAGUUCCUCGCCAUCGCCUACUUUCAGAACGGAGUUGCUAACGUUGCCCUCGAGGACUAUGGCAAAGCUCUGAGCUGCUUCCACGAUGCUUUCUUGUAUCUGCGCGGGAACAUGGUGAUCGAUUAUACACAGCUGGGGCUGGACUUUAAGCUGUACUCGUGCCAGGUUCUCUUCAACCGAGCAUUGUGCUACCUGGAGCUCGGGGAACAUGAUCUGGCUAUGACAGACAUGUGGCGGGCGACUCGAGAAAAGCAGAUAAAGGCUCACGAUUUGCUGGAUCAGGCCCUCAGGGAUAAGGGCCAGAAUUGUACUGUCUUUACAGUCCCCCAGGGGGUGCUCUAUCGCCCUGCAGAGUCCAAGGUCAAGAAUGCUAAAAAGAAGGAUUACCUGGGUAAUUCCAAGGUCAUUGCUGCAUUGGAUGCCAAGGAUGCACAUGCUAGGUUCCAGGGCAAGUCUGCAUGGCAAGUCCAGAUGAGUGGGCCUACUAAUGUUGCGGCUGUUGAGGAGCCUCGUCCCAUGACUCCACCCGUUGCCGGUCUUCAAAGGAGAGCAACGGAGCGAGCAAGUGGAAGCAUGGGCAUGAACGGACGCGCACGGAGGGGGACUGAUCCCCAGCAACGACCCCAACUGGAACACUCUGCAUCUUUCAGCGGCGUCGACAACAAAUCCCGUCGUGGCCAGGCAGCAAACAACACUAGUCUUCCAGGACCUUCUCUCCUUCGAAGCAGUAGUACUGCUGGUAGGGGAGCAGCCGAGGCAAGGCUGUCGUUGCUCUCUCGUCGCAACACGGAUAAUCAACGGCCUGCUAGGUUGAACUUGGGUUCUUCGUCUAAUUUGAAGAAAGGGGGUCCUGCUUCUGCGGCACCCUCGAUUCCACUCCCAGCUCUGCCGUUGGCUCCUAUCCCUACGAUGGAUAUUCUUUCUGUGAAUGCCGCCGCUGCAAAGGCGGAUGCGGAUGCGGAUGCUGCUGCGGCGGCACUUCGGGAGUUUUAUCAGGACGAUAUGGUGGAAGAUCUGGACCAGCAUGUCUAUGCACUCAGCAUCGAGGCCCAGGAGAUCACCAUCGUCGAUAAGCCCACUACUACUUUCCCUAUCUCAAAAGCGCCAUCCAACACCUCUUCAACCGACAUCCGCGUCUCACCCACCCCAUCCCGGUCCAACUCGGGUGCCAGCAAAAAGGGAGGGAUCCUCCGCAAGGCCUCCCAUAAUUCUGGUUACUCCUCCUCAUUCUCUUCCCCACCCAUGCCCUCUUCUAUCCUCCCUCACCAACCUACCAACAACUCUGACUAUACCGGCACCAGUCCUCCAAGCCGAACAGGAACUCCCGUCUUUUCUGAUCUCCGUCGUAUGGGCUCCAAUGGCAAGAAUGGAACUACUGGACUCUGGAGGGGCGACAGUGUUCGGAGUACGACCUCAGGAGGCAGUGGUGGAUCCGUUGGCGCUUACUUCCAGCAGCAGCCUAAUCAUGGGGAUCAUCAUCUGGGGUCCAUGAACGGUGCUGAAGGCGCUUACCUCCACGAACCCGUCUACGCCGGUCUUCGCAACAAGCUCCGCGUGAAAUGUCACUACAUCGACACACGCGCAGUCCUCGUCCGGGCAGAUACACCACUCGAAGAACUGAUUCAACGGAUCCAAGAAAAGUUCCAAGUCGACCGACCCCUGAAACUGAAAUACAAGGACGAGGACCAGCAUAUGCUCUCAAUGGUCGAUGAUGAUGACUGGCUGAUGGCCCAGCAGGUUCAUAUGGAAACCACCGGAAGCCUUGAUCGUAUUGAGCUCUGGUGCUUCGACGAGGAGUAA